GGCGCCUUUAAGGUGAAUGGGCGUCUCUGUCAGUGGUAACCCCUGGCAGAGACUAUAAAGUGCGGGCCGGCCGGCAGCGCCGGCACUGUGGCAGUGCACUGGCGGGGCACCAUGUCGGUGGGACGGGCGGACGCGGACGCGGACGAUGACCUCCGCCAGGUGAAGGCGCUGACCGAGAAGCUGAAGCUUCAGACCCGGAGGCCGUCGUUCGCCGAGUGGAAGGAGCGGCUGGAGUUGCAGCCCUGGAAGGGCAGCGGGGAGCCGGGAGCAGGGGGUAGGAGCGGGCUGUCCCCCGGGCACACGGCCGACAUCUCCCACCACAACAUGUGUGGCUUUGCCAACAUCGGCGAGGCUCUGGGCUGGCUGAGGGUGCAGCUCCGAGAGAUGCAGUCCCUGGAUCACCAGUUGGCCCGGAAGCUGAUCUGCCUGCGGAGGGAGAUUCACCGACUGAAGGUGGAGCAGGUCUGUCACCAGCACAAGGAGAUGUUGGACGAUGUAACGUACGGACUGGAGGAGUGUGAGGAGCAGUCCGACCUUCUCUGUGACAUCCCCCUCAAAGCUGCCUUCAGUCUCUCCACACCCCUCAAACACAUCGGGGUGACGAAAAUGAACAUCAACUCCAGAAGGUUCUCUCUCUCCUGAUCCAACACUGAGUCAAUUCAGCAGAGGGACUCCCAGUAAAAAGAACUGAUGAGUGGAUUGUUGCUGAGCCCCUCACUCUGAGGUCAUUGUCUGUUACCUUUCACUGCAAUCUGGUUUCGUCAACCUCUGAUUUAAAUCUCCCUUCAAUGUAUUCGAACAAGGGCUGCAAGGGUCAUAGGCAGUGCGGAGAUGGUGUGUGUGCUGGCUGGUGGUGCUGUGAGCGGGUGUACCAUCAGGGUAAUGUUGAUGGAGUUUAAUGCUGUACCACUGAGACUCUGAUAUGCAGGCAGACGGCGUCUGGUGGCGGUGAGAGGGGUGGGAGGGGGGAGCUGGGCUGUUUGUUUCUUAACUGCCAUUUCACACACACAGGCAACCUCAAGUCAACACAGGAAAUGCUGAGAACAGUCAGCAGGACAGUCAGUGUCUGUGAGACAUAGACAAUGUUUCAGGACAGUGAUAUUUUGCCAGACUUUUCAAGUAGGUCUCCUAAGACUGGCUGAAUAUCCCACACAGAUACUGUCAUUGGUGGAGAUGCAAGACCAAAUGCUAAACCAGCCUGGACCUCACCAGAGCUGGUAAACUUAUAAAACUCCUCAACACUGAUUUUGGUUUAUCAUUGUCACACGUACUGAGGUACAGCAAAAAGCUUUUGUUUGCAUGCCGUCCAUACAGAUCAUCUCAUCACAUCAGUCCACUGAGGCAGUACAAGGGAAAACAAUAACAAUGCAGAAUAUGUUGUUACAGUUACAGAGGAAGUGCAGUGCAGGCGGACAGUAAGGUGCGAGGGCCAGUGUCAGAUCCAGCCUGAUGUCACUGGAUGGCGGAGCAGGACAGAGGGGCUGCGUGGGUUACCCCUGCUCCUGUCUCUUGUGUUCCAAAGAGCACUUUGCUGCAGGAAGUGAAGUGAAAGUAAAACUCUAAGCCUGCUCCUUGUGUUCCUGCCCUCCAGACUCAAGCUGUCAAAACUUACCUGCCCCUACUGCUCCAACAAUGCCCCAUGAAAGGGCAUUUAAACCUCCCUGGUGCCAAGCAUUACAGAGUAUGUAAAUAAACAGGGUCAAAGUACACAGGUCACCAGUAGUGGACACAGUGAGAACCUACCCCCAGAACUAACAGGGCAUCUGAUGGUACUGUAAGCACAUGUGGGUCUGACCAAAUCCCAUUCCCACCCUUGGCCUUGUUCAGUGACUUUCUUUAACAUCAAGGACCCAUCCUGUAUUGUUUCUACCAUUUGUUGCAGUCUUGUUUUAAAAGCAUCUCUCUGCUUUUAUUUAAUCACUUUUCCUGCAGUGCAUCAUGUUUUUGUUCUCCUCCACAUUUCAGGGCAGGCUGCCCUCAACUCCACUACACAUAACGGACGGUAUUAUCUCAUUGCCACAGACGUAGCUUCAAAGUUCGCUCUGGUGUACUGCACUGUCUGUAUCACCGCCCUAUCCCCUGAAAUCUAGUGUACUGGCACUGUCUGUAUCACCCUGGCCUGUGAAAUCUCACUCCAGUGUACUAGCACUGCCCUGGCCUGUGAAAUCUCACUCUGGUGUACUGCACUGUCUGUAUCACCGCCCUGGCCUGUGAAAUCUCACUCUGGUGUACUGCACUGUCUGUAUCACUGCCCUGGCCUGUGAAAUCUCGCUCUGGUGUACUGCACUGUUUGUAUCACUGGCCUGUGAAAUCUCGCUCUGGUGUACUGCACUGUCUGUAUCACCGCUCUGGCCUGUGAAAUCUCGCUCUGGUGUACUGCACUGUCUGUAUCACUGCCCUGGCCUGUGAAAUCUCGCUCUGGUGUACUGCACUGUCUGUAUCACUGCCCUGGCCUGUGAAAUCUCGCUCUGGUGUACUGCACUGUCUGUAUCACUGCCCUGGCCUGUGAAAUCUCGCUCUGGUGUACUGCGCUGUCUGUAUCACUGCCCUGGCCUGUGAAAUCUCGCUCCGGUGUACUGCACUGUCUGUAUCACCACCCUGGCCCAUGAAAUCUCGCUCCGGUGUACUGCACUGUCUGUAUCACCGCCCUGGCCCGUGAAAUCUUGCUCCAGUGUACUGCACUGUCUGUAUCACUGCCCUGGCCCAUGUCAAUUGCCUCAGCUUCCCUUUGGUGCCGGUUCCUUUUAACAAUGAUGGUAAAUUAGAGACUCAUUUUACCGUCACAACAAAACUGAAAACCUGGGCUCUGCUACCUCAACCUGUGCCUCUGAAACCAUCUCCUCCCCCAAAUCUCUCCAGUGCUCUUCUCCCUAAUGGUCCCCUUUAACACCUGAUUCUUUGAUCAUGCCUGAUCUCUACUGUCCAAAACAAUUGUCCAGCAAUGCUUCAAUAAAGCACCUCAGAUAUUUUCCCAUUAAUCUUGUUGUCUCUAUGCUUGAAGGGCUAAAUUAUGAGUUAUAUUCAUGGUGAAAUGAGGAGUUUCUGGUUUGUUCCAAACUGAUUUCAGAGUUGAAGUGAGAUGGAUGGGUUGGCACCAGCCAAGGGUUGAGAGAGAGAAGAAGAGAAAGGACAAUUUAACUCAAAGUUAAUCAUAAUUGGUUUACAUAUGAGAAAUAUUGAGCUGCACACGCAGGUUUGAAGUGCUGCCUCCUGUUGCAUUUCUGUACUUUGGAGAUAUGAGUGGGCACAGGGCAGUUGCAUUAUCCACUGAAUUUUUAUUCCUCUUUUAUUCUUAUAUUCCUCGGAGAUGAAGUUCUCCAGGCGUUUUCCCAGUCAGUUGGGAAUUUCAUGGUAAUUCAUGGAAAAUCAUGGAAAAUGAGUGGGAAAACACUGGUAGAAAUUCACCCCUGAACCAUGUAACUUUCAGAUUGUCACUAUUAAGCCUUGUAUCGUUUCUCGUGAUUUUAAAUACAAUAAAAAUGUUAUUU